CCUUUGUUCUCGAUCACUCUCCUUGACGUGUGGAAUAUACAGAUGUUUUGUUUAGCAACACAUUCUUGACUUACAAGUGUUUUUUUCCCUUUAUAAUCGGGAAACUGUUUUUUGUUUUCGUUUUUCCAGGCCAGGAUGUACCAGAUGCAAUUCGAGCCUCGUCAACUUAUGCAGGUUGAAAAAAUACACCACGUUCCAAAGAUGCUCCAUCCACCGGUCAUUCUGCCAGGAGUAAAUGCUGGCGUACCUGUCGAAAACAAGCAGCCUCCCAAACAAAGGCGAAAAAAAACUAAGGGAAACAGAGAACAAGAAGUGGCUCUGCCAAUGAUAACAUUUCAUAAGGAAAACUUUGAUGAUCAAUCCGUUGAAUUUUGCGAACAAGUCAAGAUGGAUGCAGUCAAAUAUGCAAUGAUAGAUACUGUAUUGAACGAUGUUGCCGCUGUAUAUAGGAAACUUUUGCCUGGUUUGGUGCCUCAAUUGUAUGGUUCUUCAUAUACUGGGAUUGCAUUCAAGAACAGUGACAUUGAUGUUCAUUUACAUUGUCAUGGUGAUGAUAUUCCAGACGAUCUUUUUAUAAAAACUAGUGGUGGUAUAUUGAGAAGGAGCCCCAAAUUCAGGUAUACGAUUAAAGUCGCUAAUGCAAAGGUGCCUGUCAUGAAAACAAUUCACCAAUCCGGAAUUGAAUUAGACAUCAGUGCCACGUCUCAGAAUUCUGUACAUAACAGCAUUUUGAUUAAACACAUAAUGGAUUCAGAUGUGAGAAUUAAGCGUUUGACUAUGUUGAUUUCAUACUGGGCCAAAAGGAAUUUAAUUUCGGGUAGGAAUUUAUUUACAAGCUAUUCAAUUGUUUUGUUGGUUAUUUUCUAUUUACAAAAAAUUGAACCACCAAUGUUACCACCUUUGAGACAGAUUUUAUACCGUCGAGAAUCCAUCGGUUGGCCGUAUGCAGUGCGGAAUGAUGCUAAAUUAGUACCUUACAUAAACAAAUCCACUUUAAGUGAUCUUUACAAGGGAUUUUUUUAUUUUUAUUACAACAAGGAUUUCUCAAAAGUUGUAAUAUCUCUUUAUGCUGGGACAGAAAUAUCUCUAGAAGAUCUAUCAAAUUACCAGACGUUGUCAAGCGAUUUCAAUUCGUACAAAAGACAAAUAGCACUAGGAAAAUCUCCUUUUGUGUACACUCACUGCAUUCACGUUCAAGAUCCGAUUGAACUCUAUGUAAAUACGACCAGGCGUGUUAUUCCGAGUCUUUUGCGAAAAUUUCAAGAAACGCUUAAAAGAUUCGUUACGAAUACGAGUUUGCUGCCGAACUCUCAAUGGCUUCCCAUAAUGACAACCGAGAAACCAAUAGAACUUCAAAAACCCAUUAAAAUGUAUAUCUCCUAUCCGAAAGAUGAAAUAACUAAAGUCGGAAAUUUUAACCAAGAUUUCAAUACAGCUUGUAAAUUGCUCUUAUUCAAUGUAGAAGUGCUGAAUCAGAAUAAAUUUCAAAAACUAGAAGACGGUAAUAAACGCAGGCCAAUGCUUGAGUACUCGCUAAGCACUGACAAAUACCUAUUUACAAAAGAUUUCAGAGUCCUUUUCAACAAUCUAACUAACGGCCUCAUAUCUUGCGAACAGUUCAAACAUAAAUUACAGGAAUCAACCGCCAAAAACCAAAUAGUUACCAAAUUUAAGCUUCAAGCCAUGGUGAAUAUUGAUAUGGAAAGUCUGAGCUCUUCAAAGAAAAAAGUAUCAGCCGAAGGUGAAAAUAACAUAGGCGUAGCUGCCGAAUUUGUAAAUGGAAACCAAUGUGAAGAUGUGAUCUUUGCAGAAAUUGUUCAUUGGACGAAACAGUACAUCAAUCCAUUGAUAAAUAUUGUAAGAAAAAUUCGAAAGGGCGAGGUUAUACCUAAAAUUACAGAAGCCAAACCAAAAUUAAAUAAAGAUAAUACAAAUAAAGAUAAUAAAGAUAAAGAUAAUAAAGCUAAAGAUAAUAAAAAUAAAGUGAAUAAAAAUAAAGUGAAUAAAAAUGAAGAUAAUAAAAAUAAAGUGAAAAAAAUUGAAGAUAAUAAAACUAAAGAUAAUAAAAAUGAAGAAGAAAUGGUUAUUGAUUAGCCCUCUCCUAAAAAGAGUAAUCCUUUUCUUCUGUAUAUAUGUUGAUGAAUAUGAUCUUGACUGAGCUUUUUUUCUUGUGCUUUUUGUACUUUCACAGAGCUUCUAUUAAUAAAAAUAACUAAAAUAACAAGUUUAUUUUGUAAAUAACAAAACAUACUUUGAUCUCACAGAAAUUUUUAAUACUAGAUGACACAUAUUUAUAAUGUACAGGUUUUAAUUUAAUAUUUCAAAUGAUAUUUUUCAGGCAUUAUUAAUACAUUAGUUGAAGUAAAUAUUCUACCAAUUAAUUUAUUAAUUAAUUUAAAUAUUCUAUAUUUUAUAAAUGGGUUAUAAUUAAUUCUACUAGUUUUCGUGGUCCGCUUGACCAAUUUUAUCUUGACUAAAAACAUUAAUUAAUUGAAAGUUAUAAUUAAUGUUAAUUCUUUUAUCAGGCAUGUAAUCGUAACUAAUAUGCUCAAGCAAAUCUUAUAUACUGUUAUUUAAUCGUAAAUAUUGAAUUUGUAUUAUAUGUUAAUGAAACUGUACUUUCUUGUGUGAUUUUGAAAAGUUACUUAUUUGUUAUAAGUAUAUGUAUUAUGAAAAUGUAUUUAUUGUAUAUAUAAAUUUUUGUCCACUCCUUUUAGCAUUUGUUUUCUUUUUGUUUGAUUUUAAAGCCUAUCAUUAGAAAGUUAAGCAUUUUCUAACAUGCCUAUGUUAUAAAUUGACACUUACUUUUUCAUUUUUAAUUUUAAUUUUUGUCAAUCAUCUUGAAUCAUGAUGACAAUUUUUUAUUGUCAUCACACCUUGUUUUUAUGUGUACGACAGCAUCUUCGUAACCACAUAUCGAAAUAUUUCUGUAAAUAUGUUUUAUGUUACUUUUAUAAUGGGUUUAAGAUUACAGUUGUGUAUAAUGCCAAUAAAAAGUAUUGUAUUCAUUGUAUUUAAUUUAAA